GGUUACCUGAUUAUGAUCAAGAUAUUUCAGUGUUUGAUUAUUAUUUGGACGAGUCGGGAGAAUGGGAGCUAUGGAGAUCAAGGUAGAAUUGUAGUAUAUAGAAUUCUUUGAUAUCUUUGCUUGAACUUUAACCCAAUAACUUUAAAUCCCAUGAUUUACCAAAACAUUAAAUUGUAUUUCUUUCAGAGUACCAGAUGAAAGUUAUUUUGAUGCAGCUGAUCUUCUUGGUGAAGUUUUUGUUGAGACGGAUCAAACGGUAGAUUAUUCAAAUGUUUUGAAAAAUAGCGUGCUUUAUAAAGUAUGAUAGGUCGCUAUCACAGGAACAAUUUUGAAAACCAUUAUUGAUAAAUAAUUAAAGUGCGACUAACCCCAAAUAUGAUUUUUGUAUUUGUAAUAUUUGGGUCAUUCGAAGAAGAAAUUUAACAUAUCUUUAUAAUAAAAAUGUGAACUGCAAAUUAGUUUUCCUUGUUUGUUGUAUCAAAAAUUCACCUAAUGACCUCAUAUCCGGAAACUUUGACAGUGAAAAAGUUGAUCAAGAUGAGGUUUUUUACUAUAAAGAUACAUUACAUUUCUUCUUAGAAUGACCCAAAUAUUACACAUACCAAAAAUCACUUUAAAAAUCUUUAUAACAGAUCCGUAUUCGUUUGUUAAUGGAAUUGGUUCGAAUGUCAGGUCGAAAUAUCCUGCUGGUUGGACCUGAGGGUGCUGGAAAAUCAUGUCUGGUUAAUGAUUUCCUGGACAAACAAGGUAAAUUUUAUGAUCAAUUUUUGCAUGCAGUAAUAUUUGUCCGGGAGCCUUGCUCCAAAGCUGCUCAUGCCUGCUUUUGGACAAGAAAAAUUUGUUUGUGUCUACGGCCGUCAAGGAAAACGUGACAAAUCUACAAGAAAUACUUCUAUAUAUGGUUUUGGCAAACAAAAGGUGGCCUUAAUGUGAGAUAAAUCGGUUUAAUUAUAACAACAUUCCGUGCACACGAGCAACAAAACUUGUUGAUCGUAGACACGAGAAAGUGAACUUGUCAAAAAAAAACCCUGGGAAAUUGUUUCGGGAAGUUUUUUUCUUAUUGCUUUAUUUUGUUUUCUUAAUUAAUAGUUACUGAGGACAAGAAACUGAUGGUUCGCCGUUUUGUGUACUCAAGUAAUUCAACUGCAUCUUCUCUGCAGCGUUUUAUUGAAAGUAAUAUACAUCAUAGACAAGGUGAGCUUAUGCAUUGAAAACAUUGGUUUCCUUGAUAUUGUAAAUCCUGUCUUCAAGGGAAUCGUUGUUCGUUUAAUAGGGUACGAUUAUGGUGCUCGAGGUGGCAAGACAUUGAGUGUUUUCAUUGAAGAUCUCAACUUGCCAGAGGCCGAUAUGUAUGGAGUUCAAGAAGUUAACGAGGUAAUGAGAUCGAGUUGUAAAUAGACCGAUUUGUACUAGAGACAUUAAAAGUCUUGCUCAAAAAAUUCAAAUUUCGAUUAAUGUCCAAUACCUCUGCAAGAUGUCCAAUGGACAUAUUGAAAAGUCCAAUGCUCAUCUCAUAGACAUAGUCCAUUGGAUCCAUUGGACAGUCUUAUAUAUCCAAUGGACACAUGAAAUGUCCAUUGAAUCCAGUGUACAGUCAUAUGUCCAAUGGACAUUCCAAACCCAAUUCUUCGCAUUUGCCAGCGACUAUGAAAAAUAUUGCCAGUUUCUCUACGAUAAUUUCAAGUACAAAUACGAUAAAUACUUGUACUUUUUGAACCAUAUUACAUCACUAAGAUAGGCGAUCCAGUGAUAUACAACUCAGUUUUCUUUAUUUUCCAGUUGCUGCGUCAGGUACUGGAUUACCGUGCAUUGUACAAACUUCAGAAACCUUUUGAAUGGCGUCUCCUCGAAGAUCUUGUUGUAAUUGCCACAAUGAAUACAUCGUUUAAACCACCAGCUACUGGAUUUCAUACUCCAAUAUCAAAGAGACUAAAGGUUUGCUAUAAAUUAGUUUUACAACAUAUUCUCAAUUCUUUUGAGCCCACUCUUCUCGGCAACAUUACCAACUGAACAGUUGCUGUAGUGUAUAUGACUGUAUAACAUGUUUACAUAUUUAACCAUGAUAUUUAACUAAAGUAUUCUGAGUAUUUUCUCGUGAGCUCACAAAUCAAUUCAAUCGUUUCAAGAAAUCGAUACGCGCUAACGGUAGAAGUUCCUCUAAUCGUUAUUCGAAAAGCAGAAAAUGUAUGGUCAAGCAGAAUUUUUAGGGUGGUGCUGGACUUCUCUAAGGGGUUUUAGACACCACUAGGUGGGUGCGUACCCGCUCCCCCCCCCCCACACACACACACCCCGCGGUAGAUCCCACUCCUCACUCAUUGUAGAAUACUAUGUACACUAGACGCUUACAUUUGAAGUAAACAUUUAAUAGGUGAUCAUGCUGCAAGUUUGUAACAAGCACAUUUUGUUUGUUUAUUUAGCGUCACUUUGCUGUUUUCCGUCUGCCAACGCCUGUUGCAAAAACGCUGUUCAGUAUUGUCACAUGUGUCUUAGAGGUGAGUACUAUACUACUUUAACAGUAUUCCUUUAGUUCGACCUUGCUCAAUGCUACCUCAUUUUGGCGUUAUCUAUAUCCAUUUAAAAUAUAGUUUGGAUUUCAUUUUGGUUGUAACAAAACUCAUUCCUCCGAAUGUAUCGAUAUAUAAAUUCAACAUAUAACCAUAUUCAAAGAUGUUAUCAAUGUAUACAUGUGUGAUAAGUGUUAAUGAAUGAUUGGCCACUCUCAACUCAUAGUUAUAAUGAAUUUUCUACAGUAAGUCCGAUUGCAGUUUGUGAAUUUCGAAGUAAAAUAGAAUAUCGGUGUCAGUUAUCGACAGAUAAUAGAUAUUAUUAUAUAUUCAAAGUCUAUUCUCGUUUGUGACUGGCCAAAACGCGUCGGAUAAUUGUCGGUAUCUUGAAGCCGUUGCGUUAUUUCAGCUGCUGACGCCAUCAGCGUGCAAUAAUACUUUUCUUGGACCGAAGUUCUGUCCAAAAAAGUAUUAUUGUACGCUGUGGUUACCAAGCCCCAGCGCGGUCCAUUUGCUAAAAAGCGCGGGAAAAUUACAUAUUUUUAAAAGCGUGAACAAAAUGGCUUUGAGCCGGUUGGCAACGUUAAAUAAUCAAGAAAUUUGACAAAAAAAGACAGCGAAAAUACAAAGAGGUCAACAAAAGUUUACAAGACACUUUUUGAGGAGUAUCUUAAACAAAAAACAUGCAGAGAAAUUAUCCUCAAGACGCCAUUGAAUUGGCAGGACUUUUGGAGUUUUUCAGACUACGCUUGGCGAAGUAAUUUUUAAAAUACACUUUGUCUAAACCGAGAAAAUCAAAGCUAAAGUUUAUGUAAAUUAACAUGAUUUUUUAUCACAUAUAAAGAUACGACACGCUUACGAUUUUUCUUUGUGUUUUCCUCUUGAAUUAUUAAUGAAAUAUAAUAUAUAUAGAAUUGGAAUAUAAUAUAUAUAGAACUUGAUAUGGAUCAUAAAAUUAUGUCUAUAUUUCAGGGUAAUAUGUCUCAUAACCAAGGCAUGGGCUUACAACAAGAGCUGCAUGAACAAAUAACAGAAGUAACAUGUUCCUUGAUUGAAAGUGUCCAAGAUGCCUUGAGGGCUUCACCUACUCCAGGUCGAUUGCAUUAUCAUUUUAAUCUUCGUGAUGUCGCCAGAGUGUUUCAGGUAUGAUGCAUGCAUUUGAUAUGUGUUGCGAUAAUUGUUUCAACUAGGGAUUUUUCCGUAAGAGCCAUUAGUAAAUUAUGGAGUGUCGACAUUGAAACUGCAUGGGUGGGGGAAUAGUUUUUUUUCGCGUAUUUGCGAUGAAAAGUGUUUAGAACCUAAAAUAUUUUUGGCGUUUCUCUCAACAUUACUUUGUUUAAGCUUUAUUUUGUAGUUUAUGCAGUUAGCAACCUUUUUAAAUGUAUCUGGCGGUUGAAAAACACAAAGUUCUCUCAAACAGUUCAAUAUUGUCAAUUUAAAUACAUUUAUUAUUGAUGCUGUAAGAUUGACAACUUGAGUUGUACUGUAAAUUGCAAUUUGAAAAAGCUAUAAUUCACAUGCAGUUAUACCAUUUGUUAGCCCAGAAAGUGUUCAUUGGCAAAUAAAAUAUAACGAUAAUGUACAUUUCUGUGCAGGGUUUGAAAAACUGUCCUGAGGAGAUGCGAGCUGACGAGGACUACGUUGUUUCACUGUGGCAACAUGAGGUUCAAAGAGUUAUGGGUGAUCGUAUAAGCCGUUCUGAUGAUAGCACGUGGUUUGAAAGGAAAGUUAAAGACCUGACCAAAACGGUUAGUUCAAUGUUUCACCGUUAGAAACUGCAGUUUGAUAACGAAAUUGGAAAUUGUUGAGAUAAUAUUUACAUAAAGAUGCUUACCUAACUGUAUAAUAAAACACAAAACAGUAGACACUCCGAAAAUUGUAAACAUUUUUAAUUCUUAACUGUAUAAGAUCUCCUAAAAUUCUACUGUACCAGUAUGGAUACUGCAUGUCAUUGUAGAUGACAGUAUAUAUCCAUGCUGAUGACAGAACUUUUCUGUCAGUUUUAAAGUGCAGUAUCAAUAUCAUACAAAGAAAUAUUAGGGGAAAAGUUUUGUAAGUCAACAUUGAAACGUGUACUCAGUAACUUUUUUUCUAAUAUUUCUUUGUAUGAUAUUGAUAUUGAUACUGCAGUUUAAAACUGACAGAAAAGUUCUGUCAAAAGUAGCGUGGCCUACAAUUUUUGAAAAUUAUUUUGUAAGCCAGAAAAAAUUCUUAAUUAGCACCCUAAAAUGUGUAAUAUCUUGCAGUAUUUCCCUGAGAAAUUGGCAAAUUCUCCAUCGCAAUUCUUUGUCACAUUCAACACUGACACCAAGGAAUUUUACACAGGAAGAGCAGUAACUUCCACAAAAAUUACAAUCAAGGUAUGGACCUAAAUUCUCUUAGAUAUCUUCAUGCUGGCAAGUGUGACUAUCCCAGACUUGACUUUUCCCCUUGAUAUUUUUCCCUUUUCUAGCCAACACAUCAAGCAGUAGUGAGUUUGGACGAAGUCAUCCCAUGCUUGGAUACAUAUCUCAGUCGUUACAACGACGAAUUCUCAACGUCCCCUUUGAACUUGAUGCUAUCAAGUCACGUUAUCUCACAUCUUGUACGAAUACAUCGCAUUCUAAGUAUUAAGAACAGGUAAUGGAUUAUUUAAAUAUGGAGUUUUGUAGUUCAGUAAAGAGACCAAAUCAAAAUGAAAGUUUACAAGGGCGGAUCUACUGGGGGGUACGCACCCCACCUAGUAGUGUCUAGCAUCCCCCUGGACUGGAGAAGUCCAGCACCACCCUAAAAAAUCUGCUUGACCAUACAGUUUCUGCUUUUCGAAAAGCGAUUAACUCUACUCAACUGUUAGUGCGUGUCGAUUUCUUGAAUUGAUUUGUGAGCUCAGGAAAAAAAGAUACUCAGAAUGCUUCAAUUAAAUAUAAUGUGAGCGGGGUACCCUUCUUCUUCAUUCCAAGAGAUAACACUAUUUCCAAAACGAAAUCAUCUUGCUGUUACCUCUUCCUUUGAUUUUAAAUGUCUCCUUCUGUUCUAGUGGUAAUGUAUUAUUAGUUGGUCCAAUUGGUUCCCAGCUAUCUGACCUGGCAGCUCUGGCUCUGUACAUGUUGGAAUAUCCCAUACACACGAUUGACUGUUCAUACCGCGGUUCCUUUCUGGAUGGUCUGCGCUCUGCUGUACGUAGAGCUGGCUGUGAUGGCAAGACAACCACUAUAAUUAUCAAGGUAUGCCUGCUGAGAUCAUCUUAGAUACUGCAUCAAAUCACCAGUGAAAUGAGGAUGUCAGAGUUGAUGAGAGUUCGCAUGAGAGUUCAAGAUUUAUGAUUUCCAGUUUGACUUUGCCAAACACUGCACAAUGCGCACAUCAUAAUAGUACUUAGGUUUGAUUGUCACCGGUGUGUUAGAUCGUAUUGAAGCCAUGAAAAAUAUUUUUCUUAAUCAAGGAUCGUGAGAUUUUGGAUGACUCUUAUCUUGAUGCCAUCAACAGUUUGCUUAUCAGUGGAGAAUACCCGCCAUUGUUCUCUGAAGAUGAAAUCAACAGUCUUCUUCAGGUAAUCUUUAGUGGACUUAACCAAUGUAUGAUCUAUAGUUACUAGUAAAGCGAUAUGAUGAAAGACAAUAAGCUACACUGCAGUCUUCAAUACAACAGUUGGCUAUCGGUCUUUUUCCGAGGAAAAUACCAAUAUUGCCAUCUACUGAUUGCUCUUGACGGUCAUCAUGGCUGAUCAUUUUUGGACAUUAAUUUUAAUAAUUAAUUCUCUCUCAUUCUUGCAAAACGCAAUAAUUUAUUAAUCUGUCACACAUACAAAGAAAGUUAUUGCUUAGUUAGAAUGUACAUGUCAACUUAAAAUUUGUCAUUUGCAAUUCCUGUUAACUUCGUAAUAUUAUUGAGGUACAUGCAUGUUUGUUGAUCAAUGAAUUGCCUUGUUAUAUUCACUGGAUUUACAUUCAAUAUAAAUAUUCUCUUUUGAGUCCUAUAAAUAAUUAGUGUCUAAUCAUGUCCGACCAAUAAAUGGGAAGCCUGCGCCAGCCUAUAAAUGGGUUACUCUGACAAAAUGUCAAACCAAAAACCAAGUUUUCAUUAUAUUGAACUCUGCUACACAGUUUCAUUAGUGUAUAUGAGCAAAAACUACAUAUAUGGGAUCGCAUUAUAAGCAAAGUUGGAGACAGGAUAACAACAAAUUUAAACAGCUUUCAAAGUAGAAGCAGCUGUUAUUGCUGUAGCCUGUUUAGGAAUUGUUUCUGGAAGUGCUUGCAUAUUUCUUUUACUUUCGUAUUGUCUAGGCUCUGAUGCCAUCAAUAAAAAGGAAAUUUUCUAGUUUUCUAACGGAUCCAAUGAAAUUCUUUCUGACAAGAGUAAAAAGAAAUCUUCACAUUAUCCUGUGUUUACAACCAACGCAUAAGGUUCUGUCUUCUGCAUCAAGGUAGGUGGUGAAUUGGGAAGAUUAUAUACAAUUUUCAUCAACAAAAACUCUUCAAUUGUUAGUUCUAUUCAGCGAGAUGCACAAAAUCUUGACAGGUGAUGCAUAGUUGAAUAAUAACAAAGUAAUGUGGUCCUGGACGAGAUAAAGAAGAAUUCAACGUUUUACACAAACGACCAACUUCGUCCAACCACGGCAGCUUAUUGUAGAAUACUACCUACACUGGAUCACUAAAUUUGACAUAUGUCAUUCAAACACAAACAUGGCAGCUUGUUGUAGAAUACAACCUACACUGGUCCACCACGUUUGAGAUAUCUUUUUCAGGUAGUUCAGACACAAACCAUGGCAGUUUAUACUAGAACACCACCUAUACACUGGACCUUCUAGUGUAAGAUGUCGCUGUCAAGCUUGAGUUGUCAUCAUAAAAACUUUGGUACUUUUCAGUCAUUAUCCUGGCAUCUUGUCCAAAUGUCAUAUCAACUGGGUGAAACAUUGGGGAGAAGAGGCAUUGGUUGGCAAAGCAAAACACUUCUUACAAAGACAUAGUUUGUUUCAAGAUGAUGCCUCAUCUGUUUUAAGGUAAAUCCUAGUUCUUGUUUCAGUUUAUCAACUAAAUUAAUAUAAAGCUAAACUAACCAUAUUUAUGCUGAAUCCCUAAAGGUCCAACUUCUGGGGAUAUACCCCUAUAGUACCAUGAUUGUACUUUUAUACUGUAGACUGAAAGCAUUUUUUUAUGUUAAUUUUGUACUUCAUUAGACCCAGUGUGGUGGCAACUCUGGCCUCCAUACACGAAUUUGUACUCCAAGACUGCCACCAUAUUCCUUGGGCUGGAGGCAUGGCUAUCAAUCCUGAAACGAAGUCCAAAACCAAAGACUUAAAACAAGCCGGGAAUGAAACAAACGAUCCUUAUGGUAGAAAUUUACUCAUGGAAAGAAUUGCUUUGGCUAACCGUCAAGUUGAUGUCGCAAUGCCUAAUGAAGUGUUUGUUGGACCGACAACCUACGAUCGAUUUUUACAAUGUUUCAUGAGUUUGCUUAAGAAGAAAGAAGGGGAGAUUAAAAACCUUCUCAAUGAUUCAAGGUAUAAUAACAACUCAUCUUAACUCUUAUAGAGAGCUAUUUGCAUGAUCCUACUUUGCUGGGAUAGUAUACUGUUGAGGGCCACUAGUUUCUCAGCUUAUGUUGUUAACAAAUUCAGUGCUACUGCCCCCUAGAGAAGUCCAGCACCACCCUACAAAAACUGCUUUACCAUACAUUUUCUGCUUUUCAAAUAGUGAUUAGCGGAACUUCUACUGUUAGCGCGAAUUCUUGAAACGAUGCAAUUGAUUUGCGAGCUCACGAGAAAGUACUUAGAAUGCUUUAGUUAAAUAUGAUGGUUAAAUAUGUAAAUAUGUCGAGGUUGUUAUACAGCUAUAUUUUCAAAUAUACUGUACUUUAAACAAGUAAAUUUACUGUUAAAUUUAUCAGAUAAGAGAUCACCAAUCACCAACAGAUCACGACACUUUAGUAUAUAAAAGAGCGUGUGAAUUAAACAAGUCACAUAUUAUUAGCACUGAUGAAGAUCCGGGCUUACGGAUCGAAAGUUUUGCAGUAAUAAAUUUACGUGGUGUUUCCACAAACAAAACUAUUAAAUUUACUGUACUGUGCUACAGCAACUGUCCAGUCACGCAUGCGUGAUAAAAAGCGAGUAUAUAAACGUUAUAAACAAAAGAUAAUGUUAGACGUAACAGAACGGCGAACAUGCAGAUUCGGCCAUCUCAAAUGAUGGUAAUGUUGGGAUAGUAGCGUUGCAGACUGCAGAGGAGAGUGGACAGUAAGGCUCCCUCAUGCACCACCCCAUGGAAAACCAGCACCCCUCUUUGCAGAUGAGGCUAGAUCCGCUCCUGGUUUUACACUGCUAAGGACAGCUAUUAAUACAAUUCCCUAUGUUUUUCAUUUCCAGAUUAUGUCUCAACACACUCUGCGAAGCUCGCAAAGAUGCAGAUAAAUUAAAACACUACAUCACGAAGACUAAAUCAGAAUUUGAAGAAGCAAAUGUAACAACAGCCAAGCUUCUAGACGAUCUCACAGCCAAGUCAACUGUCUUAGAAAAACUUAAAGCAAAACUCGGCGUAGGAAGUGACACUCUGAGAUCAUUUAUAGCGAUGAUUGAUAAUGAAAUCGACGAUGAUGAUUCCUAUCUCUUUGUUGAUGAAGAGAAAGAUGAACUAGAUGAGGACUUUGAGAGAAUUCAGGUUUGAUUGUAAUUAUUACUUUUGAAGGAUUUGUAAGAAAUGUUUGAGGGAAUUGACUCAGUGUUUACCAUUAUAAGUCAGUUUGCUCAAACAUUUCUUACAAAGCUUUCAAAACUUUACCCAUGUAAAAUUCUUACUUUGAUCACAGAAACUGUGACAGUGUAAACCAGGUUUAACUUUACUGAUUCUUCAAUUCAGGUGGCGAAAAUGAAAAGUAGGAAAGCAAAAACUGUUGAAGAAAUUACAAUGGCGGAAAGAGAAAGAGAGAGGUUAAAAGAGGAGUUAGACGAGGCUGAGGAUCAGGUAUGCAUGUACCUACACUAUUAUAUUUUAAAGGAUUGCCCCCACGGCAUUUGGACUAAGUCGCACUUGUCAUAAAUUCUAUAUAAAACGAGGAUGAGAGUUGGCAGUCACGCGACCCUGGUUAGCUGUUCUUAAUAUAUAAAAAAAUCUUUACAAUUUGUAACAACGGUGUCACUCAACCAGCGCAUAUGUGGUGCCGUGGUCACCAUGCUUGUCUUUCAAACUGUGGGAUCCUUGGUCGGACCUUUACCCAAGGUCGUAAAAUAAUAGGCAAUUCCAGCUUUUAGUUUAUGCAUGCAGCGGACGAUGGGAAGUAAGGUAUCACAUUGGUGAUUAUGCUGAAAAAAUAAAAAUGAUGGCCGUUUAAACACGGAGUGAUAGUUUAUACUUGUAAAUAUUGAAAUUUUUCGGUUGUUUCGGUAGUUUUUAUUGAAAUUGUUCAGCAUAAUCAGCAAUAUGAUACCUUACUUCCCAUCAUCCCCUGCACGCAUAAACUAAAAGCUGGAAUUGCCUAUUGAGGAGAAAGAGCUACCUUUUCAUUGGCAUCAUGCAGUAAAUGGUUAGACUUUCGCGUCUUCUCGGAUAAGGACGUUAAAAUCGUAGGUACCUCGGAUCCACUAUCAAUUGGGCAAUAUAGCCUGUUGGGAAAUCCGCUCAACGUAUACAGCUAUUUCAAUUAAGGUUGUCCACGAGCAAAGUGGAAAAGUCGAAUACGAGCGCGAAAGGCUGCUGGGAACCGCUUUGAAAAUUAAUGAAUUUGUUAGCGAUUCCCAGCAGCCUUUCGCGCUCGUAUUCGACUUUUCCACUUUGCUCGUGGACAACCUUAAUUGAGAUAGCUGUAUACCAAAAUCCAGUAAUAUGCUCAUGAGCAUUCUCAUGCACGCUACUUUGGUAUCUCAUGUGCACGCUCAUAUAUGUACCAAAAUCCAGCAUAUGCUCAUGAGCACGCUCAAAUACACUGGGAAAAAAAAGUGAAAUCCAUACUACGAAAUUUGCAAUUGCACCACUAAAUCCAUAGUAUAUCCAUACUAUUUCGAUACUAUAUCCAUACUAUGGAAAUAUACAAUUAUUAUGGAUAACCAAAAUCCAUUCUAUUUCCAAUAAAGGUCUAUACAAUUUCCAUUCUAUGACCUUCUAUGGAUUUUCAAACUUUUUUCCAGUGAUAUAUUUACGAAAAUACAGUAAUAUGCCCAUAAGCACUCUCUCAUCAAUGAGUGAUAAACUCGAUAAACUAAACUAAACUCAAAUGUUUUGUCAGGUACUAAUCUGGCAAGAACGUCUAGAUCGCACGUGCUGUGAAAGACUCAAGGCAAUACAAAAUCCUCCUACCAUGAUUGGAAUGGUCAUGUUAAUGGCCAUGGUACUACUCGGGAAACAAGAGUUCUCUCCGCACAGUUCAGGUGCUGCCUCCUCAAUACGUCAUGAGCGCAAGUCGUUCGAUGGAGGUACUAUAGCGGAUGAUACUUCAAGCUCAGGAGGACAUAGCAAGAAGAGAAAUAGACUUGAACCUGGUCAACCGCGUGCGCCACCACAGCCUACUUAUGCAGGUACUGAACAUUGAGGCUUACUAGUUUUCAGGAUUUUGGACAGUGACUCAGGCCCGUUUCAGACGGCGUACUUCUCAUGUGCCGAACUUAAUUGAUGAAUU